AUGUACAUCACAAAUAAGAAAAUUCAGUCUUUCAAAUGCAGAGGGCGUAAGAAAAAAAUUGUUGGUUUAGUCAUAAUAUUAUUAUUUUUGAUAAAUGCAAUGUUUUAUGUUAGUUUAGAGUUAAUAAAUACAAUCAAAAGGAAGAACAAGAUGGCCUGGUAUAAUAAUUUAUCAUAUGACCAAGAUUCUUAUAUGGAUAAAAGUGGUAUGAGGGUGAUAGUUGGUCAUUAUGUUGGGGGUCAUGGAGGGGGUAAUUUAUCUGAAGAUGUCAUAAAUACAAAUCAUUAUUCACCGGUUGAAGGGGCUGGCGAGGGUGGCAGACCAGUCCAACUUCUCCCCAAAGAGAUCAUACCAGCUCGGGAGCUUUACAGCCUACAUUCUUAUAACAUAUAUGUUAGUGAUAGGAUAUCUAUAAAUAGACAUCUUCCUGAUAUGAGGAGUGAAAGUUGCAGAAAUGUGAAAUAUGAUAUAGAGAAUCUCCCCACAGCAAGUGUGAUAAUAGUCUUCCACAAUGAAGCUUGGUCCACUCUCAUGAGAACUGUAAUGUCUGUUAUAUUGAGGUCACCAGAUGUGUUAUUGAAGGAGAUAAUCCUUGUAGAUGAUGCUAGUGAAAGAAAAUAUUUAGGCAAGGAGUUGGACGAUGCUGUUGCAAAUUUAGAUAAAGUGGUUAUAUUGAGAAGUUUGAAUAGGACUGGUUUAGUUGGUGCUAGACUUAUGGGCGCGAGAACAGCUACGGGGAACGUAUUAGUCUUUUUAGAUGCACAUUGUGAGGUAACAAAAGGUUGGUUGGAACCGCUGUUAGAUCGGGCUGGGAGUGAUGACGUUUUUAUAUGUCCUCAUAUCGAUCUGUUAUCCGAUGAUACCUUGGCUUACACAAAGAGUAUUGACGCGCACUGGGGCGCUUUUAGUUGGCGCCUUCACUUCAGAUGGCUGAUGCCAAGUAAUGAGAUAAUGAUGAAUAAAUCCAGGUAUCCAUCCAAACCGUUUCCAACACCAGCCAUGGCUGGCGGAUUAUUUGCUGUAAGGAAAAGUUUGUUCUGGCGUUUGGGUGGUUAUGACGAGGAAAUGUCGAUCUGGGGCGGAGAAAAUCUGGAACUUUCCUGGCGAGCGUGGCAAUGUGGUGCCAGAGUAGAGAUAACGCAUUGCUCAAGAGUUGGUCAUAUAUUUAGGCGACAUAGCCCAUACAAAUAUCCUGGGGGAGUAUCUAAAGUUCUCAAUACAAAUUUAGCGCGAGCAGCAACAGUUUGGAUGGAUGAAUGGGCGGAUUUCUUCUUCAAAUUCAACCCAUCUGUAGCUGCUAUUCGUGAUACUCAAAAUGUAGCGGAUCGUAUCGAGCUGCGAAAAAAUUUGAAUUGUAAAAGCUUUAAAUGGUAUCUGGAGAACGUGUGGCCCAAGAAUUUCUUUCCCAGUGAUGAAAGGUGGUUUGGCAGAAUACGGAAUGACAAAGAAGGUUGUAUAGGCGUCGUUAGUGGAACGCCAGGCUUGGGAGGUCCAGCGUCUGGUGUACAUUGUGGUAGUGAUCUUGAUCUUGACAGAUUGUUAGUGUACACCCUCGAUGGUAACAUAAUGGCGGACGAAGGUCUAUGCCUUCAGCAAGGAAACGGGAGAGCUGUAUGGAAAAGCUGUAAUGAAAAUCAGAAGCAAAUAUGGAAACAGAAAGGUCCAAGGUUGGUAACUCAAGAUGGAUUAUGCUUGACUAUGCUUAAAGCAGAAGAUAAACAACCAUUUGGUGCUUUAACAGCGAAAAGAUGUCUCAACGACAGUCGACAAAUAUGGCAUUUUGAAAGAGUGCCUUGGCGUUGA